GCGGAAUCGCGCGAGAUUGAAACGCGGUGCCUCUGGGAGAAAUGCCGUUCGGACCAAACUUCACUUGGUUCACUUCCAAACACAGAGACAGGUACGUUUAUGCUAAUACCUUGACGCGUAAAAGCGGGAGAUUUAUCAAAGUGUUAAGUUUGGAAGCUUUGAGUUUGUCUAGCGAAUUUUACUCAAUUUCCAGCUGGCCGGCAAACACCGUUGGUCUACUGUAAAAGCUGUUAGCUGUUCAUUGUGGCAUCAUUAAUACCUCCGCUGGGGGGAGGGGACUUGUUCACUGACUUUGUCCAGGAUGGCAUAUAGUAUACGAGCACAACUAGUCUUGUUUAGUUCGGUUGCACAUGAUGAAAAUAACGAUGAAGAGCUAUGAAUGCUUAAACAUUGUACAGUGAGGGUUUGAAGCCCCAAAAGGCUCAUGAGGAUGCCUCCCCUCUCGGAGAGACAAGAGACAUAACAAUGCAGAGCAGUUAGAAAGUAUGACAUGGUGACAUGUUAAAAAGACGAGAGGUACUGCAAGACUUUAAGUUGGUAAACUUUUAAAAAGCUUUUCUAAAUAUGAUAAAGAAGAUGCUGAUUGUAGAGAUGUUGGUAAACUGUUCCAAGGUUCUCUGUAUUUCAGUGUGAAGUCACAAUUAAAGGUAAAAGUCCUCCUCCUCCUGAUGUAAUGUGUUUUGUGAAUGCACCGACACCUCUGCCUAUCACAAGUCAAAUUCAACUAAAUAUAAUUGAUGGGUUUAAUCUCAAUUUGAAUAUCUGUAUAAUUGUGAACUGCUGUCCUGUUUUUUGUGUGGAUGUCUUCAGUGAAUCCUGAGUGGAACUUUGCCCAUGUUAGUCAGCUGAUCAAAACCACCGAAUAUUCUACCUCCUACCAACUACUUACACUGAAUAAAAUAUAUUACAUUAUUGCAUUGGUACAAAUUGUGUAUUCAUGUAUAACUUAAUACAAUCAAAUGUCAACAAAAUAUCCUUUACUAUAAGACUAAAAAGUCCUAAGUAUGAAGUUUAAGUACCAACAAGUUGCAAAUAAAGAGGCCUAAAAAGAAGAAGAGACAGUUAAAGGGUAACAAAUGGCUGCAAGAAGAUGACAUAUAAGAGAAAAUAAAACAGGGAAAAAGACUUUCUUAAUAAGACUACUUAUUAAUAUAAAAGCUGGAGAAGUUUGCGGCUCCUCCAGCCCAGAAGGUUUAAGGGGGGGACAGAGCUUUCUACGCUGCCGCCCCCACCCUCUGGAAUUCACUCCCCAAACCAAUCGUUGACUCUACAGACCCCCAUACUUUCAAAUCACUCCUUAAAACACACCUUUUUAAUUUGGCUUUUAAGCUGGGAACUGUUCUUUUAUUGUCUUUUCAUAUUGUGUCUUUUUUAACCCUCUACACUGUUGGUCUUAUUACUCAAAAGUUUCUGUAUUUUAAAUUGUGUUUUUUUUUUUUUUUGUAAAGCGUCUUUAAGCACCUGUAAAAACGCAUUAUAAAUAACAUUUAUUAUUAUUAUUAUUGUUAUUAUUAUUAUUAAGUCAUUAAUAUUAAGGCUCAGGGUGUUUAGCAGCAACCUACCUCAUGAUUAAUACCAUAAAGUUUGAGGUGUGACUUUAUCCAAAGGAUUAUUGUAACUUUAAAUCUUCCAUUCUCCUGGGGAUGAGGCUGGGUUUAAGCCAGGAAAAACAAAAAACACUCAAAUUGCACAAAAGUGCGAGACUAGGGUGUUCUUUUACAUUAUCAUUCAUGUUUUUGUCUUAUCUAUUCAUUGUGCAGAAAAGGAAAGCCACAAGAUAAGAAAUGGACUGGUUCCACUGCAAUCAUUGCUUUACAAGAAAGAGUUUCAACUUUGCUGUGUCCAGCUGUGGACACAUCUUCUGUGAAGGGUGCAUUAAAUCUAGUAAGACCACUAUAAAUGAUCUGUUGUUUUGGCUUCAACUUUUUAUACAGGAUUUUUAUUAUGUCUUAACAUCACAUGCAUUUUAAGGUUGCUAAAGCUGAUUGAGAUCAUGUUUCCCCACAGAGCAGUGCAGUGUGUGUGGAGCUAGCUGCAGUUACCUACCCAUCACAGAUAAGGUUAGUGAGGUCACUGUCUGAUACCACCAACAGAUAUUGACCUUAUUUAACAUACUCAACUUAUCAUCACUGCAAUUUUGUCAUUACAGAUGAAACCACAGGAAAAAGUGUUUUUUAAAGACCCUGUGAAGCUCAUCCAAUCAAGGCUGGAGCACAUUUCACAGGUCUGUCCCUCUGUGCAGCGCUCACUCAAAGCUCCUUCUCUGCUUUUCUUUUUAAUUGCUACAGCCGUGUGGUAAAUGUCAGAGCGGGGAGUUAAUUAAUGAGUCAUUCAGCUGCAGACUGGAUUUUGACAAGAUUAGAACUACUAAGGACUGGGAAUUUCUGAGCCAUAAUACAGCAAAUGAGAUUUAAAUUCCAAAUUUUCAAAGUGUUUAUCUGAAUGGAAGAAUACUAAUAAAGGCUUUCUGUCCCUUAGAUUGCACUUUUUCAGAGGACACAAAUGGAGCGGGUUACAAUGUACUUCAAGCGCAAGUCUUUUGAGCUGGAAAGGCAUCUAAAGGAGGUCACUGAGCAGAGUCACAGGUGAGUUUUGUGGUUAUCCCGUGGUUGUGUAAAUAACAUCCCCACAGAGUAUAACACUUCUUUUCCUAUGUCUUUAAUCACAAGGCAACUGUCUGAGCUGAGAAGAGAAAACACAGACUUAAAAAAGCAGCUUUCAGAGCUAAAAAGAGAGAAUGCUGAACUGAAGAAGCCACUUUCCCAGAGGAGGGUAAGUGUUCUGAAAGUCUAAAAACUAAACGAUUUUGGAAAAAAAAUCUGGUAAGUAGACACUGACACAGUAUGAUUAAGAAUAUGAAAACUUUAUUUAUCCCUGAAGGGAAAUACAAUUUGAUUAAGCAAGCUUUCUUUGUUUUUGCCACAGGUUUCUUCAGGACCAUUUCAAAUAGAAGGGUGACACAAUGAAAAUUUCAAAAUUUUAAUGUUUGUUUUUUCGCAAAUUUUCUGGUUUUAUACCAACUCCUUAGACAACAGUGUCACAGCUUCUUGUUUCCUUCAUAGCUCUCAAAGGAUGUCCCUCCCAGUAGCUGUCACCUCCCCAGGUAGACCCAGAGAUUGAGUUGAAACGCUUAUUUCAACAUUUAAACUGCUGUGUUCAUGUGUAUUUGCUUUUUAAAGUGUGCUCACGUGUUUUCUUUCUGUCUCUUUUUUUUAACUAGUUACCCCUCGUUCAAGACCUAUAAGGUAUGUUUUACAUCAUCAUGUUUUUUGUUUUUUUUAUUAUAUUUGAAAUCAUCAAAUCAUCGCUUCAGGUAAUAUAAAUAGUAAAUAAUAAAGAUUUAAAUCCAACAGAUCUGAAGCACCUUAAUACAGCCUGGUCACACUGUUUGCAAGUGAUCAGACUGGAUUUGUGUCAAGAUAUCACCAGCUCCUUCUGCAUGAAAGUUCAUUGUCUCAGCCUUCAAGUGACAACUCAUUUCAGGUUAGGUUACAUGGCAGACCAAAUAGAAAACCUAAUAGUUAUUUGUUGUGUAUGAAUGGAAAAAUUACCAUCAGAUUUUAGGUUACGUCGUCCCCCUUAGUUUAAGGAUCAAAAUAAAUUAAAUUAAACAUUUAUUUAUUUUGAUACAAGUGGUGUCCCCAGGAUAAACUUCCUGAUUCAAUUAGUUAGAUACUUGGUGGUGAGUGAGAAAUGAUGCGGAUGUUGUGCAUUGGCAGUGGCAAACACCACAUCUCAACAUCAGUGAGCUUUCUGUGAAAAUUAUUGGACCAUUGAAUAAAGCAUUUUUAUGUUCCUAAUUCAAUCAUACGUGUCUGUUGCAAUCAUGGUGGCCUGAUGGUAGGACCCAGCUGCCCACUGCUGUGCCAGCAUGGGAGGUAAAAAAGGAGACAGGACAGGGGUGAGAUUUGAUCACUGUGGACUGGUGGGGGAGACAAGAAGGAGCAGUGCUUUCUGUGUGUGUAUAUCUGAGUUAGUGUGAAGCCCACGUUGUAUUUUAGCUCCUAUACACUGUCAUGCCAUAUGGAAUUACACACUUUAAUACCAAUUUUGUUGCAGGAUUAUUAAAAAGUACAGUGGCAUGAUGGUUGAGGAGCUUUAUGAUAGCAGACAUUUUUAAACAAGACUUUAAGAUAGCCCUUCUGCCCCCCACCCUCCACCAUCAUCCUAAUACAUAACAAUUAAAGGUUAAUGAGUAUACACACCAUCUGUCCUCUAUGGUAAAGUGACUCAUGGGUUAAUUUCCAAAGUAUUGUAAGUUAUAUGGGAGCACAUGGUGGCCUAACACCAGAUAAAGACAAACACAAUGAUCAUUUUUUUAAUUUGUUGUUUUAUUUUAUUUAUUUAGUCUUUCACCUUGUGCUAGAACUGCAAAACUAUUUCAUGCUCUAACAUGCUGUCUCUUUUGUUUUGGUCACUUCAGUUCAGUAGAGCUGCAGGGGUGGACAAGAGACAGAGGUCCCAGUCUGUCUUCUCUCACAGUAAGUUUUGUGAAAUGUUAUGAGACUCACUGUUGACACUUGUUAUGGACAGGAUGUAAAAAUGGUAGUGCUUUACUAACAACAACUGUGUAGUUAGAGAAUAGACUUAAAUGUAGUUUCCGAAAAUAUUUGAUAAGUUUUUUCAGACUUUGGUGGACACAUUCAUUUCAGUCUGACAACACAAAUCUCUAAAAUUAAGGUGAACUUAAAAUAAUAUUUCAAUGCAGCUCACAGAUUUUUUUAUGUCACUGUAUGAGCUCUUUUACUAAGACAUGAAAUCUCCAUGAAACAACCAUUCACUAAAUAAAAUGUUGAAUAUGCCCAAAACUUUGGUUAAGAGAUACCAAGAUUAUGUUUUAUCCAACUACUACAUCCAAGGUCAAUAGUAAUGACUCGUUGAUAGUAAUGACACAUCAUAUAUAUAUAUGAAAUCUAAAUACAAAAUUAUUAUGAUUAUUGUUAUUAUUAACUGGAAGCAGGUAAAUGAAUUAGUGAUGAUUUGUGCAAGGUGAAGGGGUUGGACCAGACAAGUUUCAACUUCCUCCCACUCCAUUUUAAACAUGCAAAUGAUAAAAUUAUUUGACUCUGUGGUUUUGUUUUCAGUUUUUUUUUAUGUCUUUAUUUGUACUAUGUAUGAUUGUUCAUGUUCAAAUAAAUUCCAUAAAAAAUUCAAGUAUUUCAAGCUGAAACUGCAGUUGGUUUGAAUUUUUGGAACAUGAAUAAGAGGAAAUACCUCACCUUUUUUUUUCUUUUCAGACUCCUGGAACAGCUUCUUCUAUUUCCAGCCACAGUUCUCAUGAACAUGUACACAGUAAGUGUGGUAAUAGCUCUACCAUGGCUUUGUUCUCAGACUGGAUACACCAUGCAUUACAGACUUAUUAAUACAUUUCACUCUGCAUAGGAACACCGACAUCAUAUGGCACUUUCGGGUAAGGAAUACUUUCCAAAAACCUCAGCAAUCCACUUAAAUCUGAUGUCAGUUUUCAGACAUACUAGCUCAGUCAACCCAUUUCUCUGUCCUCAGAACUCAGCGUCAGACUCCUGAUGCUUUCCAGUUCCAGUUUAUGGGUGGAUUAUCAAUACAGUCACCCAGGCGUUGAUGACAGUUACCUCUUACCUCUUGUAGAAGCUUUUUUUCACCUGAAUUCAUCAGCCAAAUAUGUUUAUCACAACUCUCACAUUUUUUUCCUGACCCAAGUUUUUGUCAGAAAUAAAUUUG